AUGGACACGCUGGCCGAGCCCCGAUGGCCCCCGGCCUUGGGCGUCAUGAAGAAACUAGAUGACUUGCUGCGAUGUGGGAUUUGCUUUGAAUAUUUCAACAUUGCCAUGAUGAUUCCCCAAUGCUCACAUAACUACUGUUCUCUCUGUAUCAGAAAAUUUCUGUCCUAUAAAACUCAAUGCCCAACUUGCUGUGUGACCGUCACAGAGCCGGACCUGAAAAACAACCGCGUAUUAGAUGAACUGGUAAAAAGUUUGAAUUUUGCACGGAGUCACCUGUUGCAGUUUGCUUUGGAGUCCCCGCCCACCUCUCCUGCUGCCGCUUCCUCAAAGAACCUUGCCAUUAAAGCGUCCACUCCUGUGACCUCCAGACAGUCACUAAAGUUGGGAAGCAAGUUCAUGGACAGUUUCUUGACCCGAGAAAUCGGGGGUUCUACAUCGGAGCUGUUGUUAAAAGAAAACAAAAGGCAAUCCAGCCAUCCCAAAGAGGCCACCACUUUUGCCAGGAACAAAGAGACACCUUCUGUGGAAAAGACACCUCCAGGACCCUCAGGUGUCAGUGUUCCGGAGACACCCUCUACAUCCACUGCAAAGCAAGCCACCAAAGUGGAUUGCCCUGUGUGUGGGGUUAAUAUUUCAGAAAAUCACAUAAAUAAGCACUUAGAUUGCUGCUUGUCACGUGAAGAGAAGAAAGAGAGCCUGAGAAGUUCUGUUCAAAAAAGAAAGCCGCUGCCCAAAAUUGUGUACAACUUACUCUCUGAUCGUGAUUUAAAGAAAAAGCUAAAACUACACGGAUUAUCGACGCAAGGAAAUAAGCACCAGCUCAUGAAAAGGCACCAAGAAUUUGUGCACAUGUACAAUGCCCAGUGUGACUCUCUGCACCCUAAACCAGCUGCUGAAAUAGUUAAAGAAAUUGAGAACGUGGAGAAGACUAGGAUGCGUCUUGAAGCUAGUAAACUCAACGAAAACGUCAUGGUUUUUACAAAGGAUCAAACCGAAAAGGAAAUAGAUGAAAUCCAUCGCACGUAUCGUAAAAAACAUCAGAAUGAAUUUCACCUCCUGGUAGAUCAGGCCAAAAAAGGAUACAAGAAAACCAUUGGCGUGUCAAAAAACAAAGUUACAAAAAAGGAAGAGGAAUCUACAGAAAAUCUGUUGCCUGUGCACAUGGGACAGCAAGAUAAUGAAAUGAAAUUAUCCGGCAUGCCCUUGGUAACAAACCAUUUCCCUCUGUCAGAGCUGGACUCCCCGGGGAAGUUGGAGCCUGACAGAUCAGACGACUCUUCCAGCAGUACUGAUGUUCCGGAAGAGGCUUCUUCCCCACUUCAGUCGGAUUCCUGCAAUAGUUCUAGUUCAGACAUCAUAAGAGAUCUCCUAGAAGAAGAAGAAGCCUGGGAAGCAGCACAUAAAAGGGAUCUUCAAGAUGGCGAAAGAAGUCCAAGUGCAAACUGCCGCAAGAGAGCGGCUGAACACACCUCCCCCGAGACUGAACCAAGAAAUAAACACAGUAGGGGGCGUUAAAGUGGGCUUUGCCUGACUUCCGGUGCAAUGUUAGACAUAGAGGGCUUUGGGUUGCUAUCUAGAAUUCACAGUUUUAAAGGUCUCAGGUUGUUAAAUUCUAAGUGUUAUGGUUGACUGAUUUUCAUGCCUCACUGCCUUUGCCAAUUUUUUUUCUCAAAACAAAACAUCUUCACGUGGUCAGUUACCGCCUACUUCCAAAGCUUCUCUUCCUGAAAAAUGCUCAUAGCUACCCGUUCACUGGCUUUGCAGAUGAGGACCCUUGGAUGACGGUUUUGUUCUGUGUUGUUUGUAUUUAAAUUUCAGAAUGUGUUUGAGAAUGUUCGUCUUUUCCAUGGAGAAGCCAGCUUCGGAAAAGGGUUGUUUUCAGCCUCUCUCCCGCAUGGCGCUGCUGUGGGAGGAAGCAUUUCUCUGCGUUGCAGAAAGGCUGGAUGUCUUCCAAAAAAAAAGGCUGGAUGUCAUAGUUCAAACCCAUAGUUGUCUGUAAGCACCCAGUUACACGAUUGUUGCUGUCCAAGUGUAAGUUUAAUGUAGUCCGGGUUAGAUGUGUCCAUUCCACAGAGUAGGCUGUCAACAUUUGGAUGUUUAAGUCGCAAAGAAGAACUUUGAAUCAUUGGUCAUAUUCUUCUGAAAUGCUACUUAGAAAUGAUUGCUGUUCGGUUUGUUUCACUGGAUAAAUAGACUAACACUUUGAAUGAUGGGUAUUUAACAUCAAGUGUACAAUAAAUGGAAUCUUUAAAGUGAA